CAUUAUAAAAUCAAAACAAACAACAAAACUCUUUAAAAUACUUUAUAAUGUCCAAAGACACUCAGUCCAGUGAUAACCAAACAAAAUUACUGCGUGUAAGCAAAUCGCACGGAGCGAACUCGGCAGAGUCAGACAGAUCGUUCCAGAUCUUCCGCAACAACUCCACGGCCAUCGAGGUCAUCGUGAAAGCCAUACCGAAGGCGCUGAAGAGGAAGACAAGAAACGACGAGACCAGCAGGUCUGGCCUGAGCGAGGGCCCAGGGAGCAUGAAUAAUGUGAGAACCGCGCAGACAGGCGGAGACCUGGGUGCUCUGGUCCUGGAGCUGAAGCGGCAACUGGACGUGACCAGCCGGCGCGAGCUGGACGCACAGGCCGACCUCGUCCACCUACGCUUCGAAAACGAGAAGUUAAAAACACUCCUGGAAAGCAAAACUAACAUCGUUCUCAAAUUGAGGAAAGAACUGGGCAAUGUGAGGCACACUCUGAAGAAUAUAAUCAAAGGCAUCUGCUCGCGGUGCCAGGUGGCUGACGGCCCGUUCUCUGAGCCAGAGUACGUGGACUUCGAGAGGGACCUCGGCAAGCAGCAGCCGGGGGGCCGCGGCCGCCUCGACGCCACCUUGCUCAGCCAUUUAAACAGCACGUUCUCUGAACUGUCCUCGCCACUGCACUUUAAGUAGUGUUUUAAAGUUUUAUUAUGUUAAUUUAUUGUUUUUAAGUUUCUUUAUUUUGUAUGCACCUUGUUAUUAACGCAGGAAACUUUGUUACUCUGCUAAGAUUCACCUACUUAUGAAAGUACCGACGAUGUGGACACCAAAAAUAAAGAAUAUGUAAUUGUAA